GAUGGGCGGCGCACUGACUGGAGGACGGAGGGUGUUUUCCAGCUAUAAAGCACCGGAGCCGGCCCCUCUGACAAACCGCGCUGCGUCAUCGACCUGGGGAGACUCUUGAAAAACCUUCAUUGGGCUGAAGAAAGCCAAACUCACCUCACCCGUGCUCCCCUUAGCAGCCCUACCUGCGCCAGUCUCCAGAUCUCAGAUUUCUCCCCUUUCAUUUGGUGCGCACGGACCACUGCGUUGUGGUUCCAAGUUGUACACUCGCUUUUGCUUCAACUUCGCUGCGAACUAUGCUUUUAUUUGACGGUGUGUGAAGUGAUCUAGCGCCUUCAACAUUAACAUUACAGUCUCACAGCCGGAGAAAGUUGCGCAUCGCUUGUUGAAUGCAGGAUACCUUCUGCCUGAGCGUCAAUUCCAAGUUCAGCUUUGGAGCAGCAGCCGGUAAGGACCGGGGACUGCACUUUCUCACCUCUCUCGCCGCCGAUAUGAAGUCUGCAGAAGAAGAUGCAUACAGCUACACGCCAAAUGUCAGCUUAUCCCUUCCACUGGGCAUGGGCAACCCCUGUUUGGCUACCCAGUACCACACCCUACAGACCAGCCCAGUCAUCUCAGUUUCCUCUUGCCAUCAGACAGGCUACAGCCUCCAAAAUGAUAAUCAUGUAGCAUCAGGCUAUUACCUGCCCCACGGCCUGAGACCCAAUGGGGCCCCGGCUUUGGAAAGUCCUCGUAUUGAGAUCACUGCCUACAGCCAGUAUCCCGAGGAUGAGGUAGAAGAGAGCAACAGUGAGGACCACAUCAUCAAACGAGGCGUUAACUCCAUUGUGACGCUGACGCUGCCCAACGCAGAUGGCUACCGCGAUCCCAGCUGCCUAAGCCCAGCGAGUAGCAUUUCCUCACGUAGCUGUAACUCAGAGGCGUCCUCUUACGAGUCCGGCUUCUACAACUACGAAAACUCCCCACAAAACUCCCCCUGGCAGUCUCCCUGCGUUUCUCCCAAGGGCUCAUCUUCACUGAUGUCUUGCCCACAUGCCAGCGGUCCUGUAGCCUCCCCUCACCAUUCACCCUCCACCUCCCCUCAGAUAGGAGCCGUGGCAGAGGAAGGCUGGCCGGCACAACCUCGCUGCUCCAGGCCCAACUCCCCUUCCUGCAGUGGAGGAGGUGGAGUCAACGGCGGCGGCGGCGGCGCCAUGGGGAAGAGAAAGUACAGCUUCAAUGGCACCACCUACCUUCAGACCUCCUGCUCAGCAAACCAGUCACCCAUCCCAUCCCCACAUGGCUCCCCCAAGGUCAGUGUCACAGAUGAGAACUGGCUCGCCAACACCAACCAGUACACCAACUCUGCCAUCGUGGCCGCCAUCAACGCUUUAACCACAGAUGGUGUGGUAGAUAUGGGGGAGGGAAUCCCAGUCAAGACACGAAAGACCAUGCUGGAUCACUCCAUGAGUCUGAAGGUGGAGCCUGGUGGUGAAUUGUUGGGUCUUGAUAGAGAGCUCUGCCAUGAGGACUACCCCUCCUGUCUGGCCCUCAAGAAGGAGAACUACUGUGGAGGGUUCCUGGAUGUGCCCCAGCAUCCAUACUCCUGGUCUAAACCCAAGCCUUACCUCAGCCCAUCUCUUCCAUCUCUUGACUGGCAGCUUCCGUCCUGCUCCGGCCCGUACAACCUACAGAUCGAGGUGCAGCCAAAGUCCCACCACAGGGCCCACUACGAGACUGAAGGGAGCCGAGGGGCAGUGAAGGCGCUGUGUGGGAGCCACCCUGUAGUACAGCUUUAUGGCUACAUGGAAAGCGAGCCGCUCACCCUGCAGCUGUUCAUAGGGACCGCAGACGACCGCCUCCUGCGACCACAUGCCUUCUACCAGGUUCACCGCAUCACUGGCAAAACCGUCUCCACCGCCAGCCAUGAAGUCAUGCAAUCCAACACCAAAGUUCUGGAGAUCCCUCUGCUGCCUGAAAACAACAUGAGAGCCAUAAUUGAUUGUGCAGGGAUCCUGAAGCUGCGAAAUUCAGACAUUGAGCUUCGCAAAGGAGAAACGGACAUCGGACGUAAAAACACACGGGUGAGAUUGGUGUUUCGAGUGCACAUCAACCAGCCCAAUGGCAGGACAGUGUCCCUACAGGCUUCAUCAAACCCCAUUGAAUGCUCCCAACGCUCAGCUCAGGAGCUUCCCUUGGUGGAGAAGCAGAGUGUGGAUAGUUACCCUGCCACCGGAGGCAAAAUGAUGCUCCUGAGUGGCCUCAACUUCCUCCCUGACUCCAAGGUUGUGUUCGUGGAGAAGGCCCAGGAUGGGCAUCAUCUGUGGGAGACAGAAGCCAAAGUUGACAAGGACUCCGUCAAAAAUAGUACUCUUGUUGUGGAAAUCCCGCCGUACAGGAACCAGAGAAUAUCCAGCCCGGUGCAGGUAGACUUCUAUGUCUGCAACGGCAAGAGGAAGAGGAGCCAGUGCCAGCGCUUCACUUACCUCCCUCCGAACGUGCCGAUAAUAAAGACAGAACCCAAUGAUGAAUAUGAUUCUCUGGGGACUGCGAGACUGCCCAUGCAUUCAAAGCCCUAUUACAGCCGGCCCAGGCUCACUCCCAUCAUGCCUGUAACCGAUCCUGACGACUGCCUGGUUGGUGGCUACACUCCCUGCCCACCUCGCCAUGCCGCCAUCCCAUCGUCGUCCCCCAGCUCCAGCCCCACCCUGCACGACCUGUCCCCAGUGGCGUACAGCAAGUGCUUUCCCAACAGCCCCACCCAUGCGGCACCACCAGGCCCCAACCUCGCCCACCCAGCAUCGCCAGACCACAACUCUCCCCUAGGGAUGCUUCAUUCCCAGGGCAGCCCCAUCCACCUCAACAGCCCAGGUCCCCAUGGUUACCACACCAUCUAUGCCAGCAGCAGUCCCUCAUCCUCCCCGGUUUCCCACCCUUCCACUCCUGGUGGGACUGCGGAGAGCCCGUUUGCUCAGGCCUACAGCCCCGGGCCGUCCCAGGCCGGAGGGAACUCACCCAGCUUUUUACCUGAGGAUGCCAGCCCCCCUUCGAUGGCCAUCACCGUCAAACAGGAGCCCCAGGAACUGGACCAGAUGUACCUAGAUGAUGUUAACGAGAUCAUCAGGAACGACCUCUCCAGCAUUUCCGUGCACACUCAUGCAUAGACGUCCAGAAGUCUUCUGCAGCAGCACAAACACAAACAGCAGCAGCAUCAACAAUAAGAGGACAAACAAAAAAAAAAGAUCCAGAUGAAGAAGAAUAAAGUUUUGACCUGGAUCUCCCACCCGACCAUGGCCAUCAGCUCCUCCUAACUCAAAGACUCGCUGCAGAUUCACAUUGACAAUCACUGGCAAGCUCCAUUUGAAUAAACCGAUGAAUGUUAUACUUACAAAAAGGGAAGUGAUAUCAAGGGCAAAGUAUACGACUACACUUGCCUUAAUUCACAGCAGAUGUUGUUUAGUGGACCAAACAGCUCAAUGAGACUGAAUUACUUUUAUCGUUGACAAAAUGACAAUCUUCAUUUCGAGUGUGAUCUGUAUUUUAAUGCAUGGACAAAGCUAAUGGGACAAUAAGUGUCACGCUUCAUCACUUUGGCUCAUUUGUUUGUGCAGUCAGUCAGCAACAACCGAAUUGGUGCCUUACAGCAGUGAUAUUGACAGCAAACGGCAGCAGCAGUCAGACAGAUGCAAAUGGUUCAUUGUGACCCAAAGUGGAAGUUUUUAUAUGACAUGUUUUGUAUCAUUUCAAUGAUUUGUUUACAGAGAAACUGAAUUUAAAAAAGGCUGGAAAAUAUGUGGGGAGUAUGUGAAUAGAUUAGAAUUGUAUUUUUUUCUCGCUUCCUCAUCAUUAUCUCAUUGUUCAUUUAUACUGAAUGUUAUUGUAUGAUAUUCUUUUGUAUAAACAUGUAUUUGAAAAAUGUACUUAUGUAUGCCUUAUGCUUAUAUCAUGCAGUUUGCUAUUUAGCCUUCCUUUUUGUUCCAUUUGUCUUCCCCCUGAUAUGAUUUAUACCAUUUCUACUACCCUGCAUUAUGCUUUUCACCUUAGUGCCUAUUUUUAUUUGAACAUCCUGCCCCGGUCUUCCAGCCCUUUCACAUGACAUAAUGAUGCACAGACAAUCAGAGAAAUAUAUAUAGUACAUAUCUGAUGACAACAGUUCCUGGUUGCAGGGGCUUAUAAAGGCAGGUAUCAGAGUUUAAUUCUCCCCAGAAACAAGAUAGUUGAACAAUGGUAUGCUUACCUGCUGAAUUUUGAAGAGAAUACUCCUGGACAAUAUUUGUUUUGUCUGUUACUUCUUGCACUGCAGGUUUGCAUGUAAAUAGGCAGGAGAAUCUAAGUCUGCAGCAGACUCAGUUUUACUCGUCAUUUGGGUGAAUCCACAGGAGUUGGCAGGACUGUUACUUACAGCUGGCAAUAAUUGAUGUGAGUAAACCAAAGGAUUUUAUCUUUGGUGAAAUUAUUGUCCAGAGACUUUAGUGUAGAGCGGUUCCCCUGUACAAAAAAACAUUAUGCACUUUACCAUAGAAACAGAGCAGGUUUCCUUGCUUUCAGACCAAAUAUAGUUUCCACUGUCUCGUCAUAAACGUACCUACGUCGACUCUUCUUUCACACAGCUGCAGUCUUUUCCAUGUUAUCUGUCUUUCGGAGCAUGCACAUCGUACUUAACGUUGGGGAUCAUUUAGCUGACAGUAGCUUACACUAUAGCUUCCUAAUACAUUUUUGGACAUAUAGUAUAAUAGCAUGACUAAACUGUAUGAAUAGGGUUUCUAUUUUGUGCCUUAUUCUCUUUCUUGGCUACAAGAUCGUUGCAACUCUAUUAUGCUUUUCUGUGUAGGCACAAGGUGAAACAUAUUUCUCUUUAAUAUGAAAUAUUUAUGAAAAAUGAAAUUGUGUUUUAAGUGCAUUUAAUGUGUUCUCAACAAUGAAUUAAUAAAUGGCAUAAUGGUG